CUUAGAUCAUCUUGUAACACUCGGAAAGUGAAGUUGGAUUGUUAAGAAGUUAAGUCUGGAAGAGGAAAAACGUAUUUUCCUGAGUGCAUCUACAGAGAAUACGAUUAGGAAACAUUAAAGACAAACUCGAAAUGGCGAUUAGUAAUGCAGAUGUUAUUGACAGAAAUCUGGAUGAAUCUACAAAACAGACAGAAGGAAAUGAAGGAGCAGAAACGUCCAGCCAUGAUGAAUGGAAAAACAUGCUUGUCCAAGGAGGGUGCCCAUUCGAUUCAUUUCUCCUGAGAGAAAUUCGUUCUUACAAAGGAGGGUGCCCAUUCGAUUCAUUUCUCCUGGUGAUGUCUUUUUCUGCAGAAGACAAGUGGCAAAUAGCUGAACUGAACCGUUGCAUAGCUGCUAUGAGCCCGUUUGGUAAAAUAUUUCGGGCGCUGUUUCAAAAAGACAUUCACGAUGUGUUUCGUUGGGCAGAACUCCUUCAGUUGACUUCCGAAGAAGAAAUGAUCGCCGCAGAAGCACGUGCAGAUGCCAUUGAAUUGAUUAAUUUUAAGAAAAGGUUGAAAGUGCUUUUGGAGCUGUGUUUGUAUCUUAGUCUGAUACUUGAAACUUCAACAUCAAAGCAAACAAGGAGAAGCCAAGAAGAUAAAUGUAUUGUGCAUAUACUGCUUCUCCGAUCGGGAGUUGAGUCGAAUCCCGGCCCAAGGACAUGGAUUGCGGACGUAGAUGGAAGCCGUAAGCCUUCAUACCACGAUUUGUGUGAUCUGUCGAGUUGCAUUGGUAAUGGAUGGAGACAUUUGGGGACAAGACUGUUCUUGAAGCAAGCACAACUUGACCAUAUUGAACAUGACCACAAAGGCAUGCAAAAUCAAAUAUAUCAUAUGCUGCUGAAAAGUACGAUGCCGCCAUUGGAAGCCAGUUUGAAGGAUAUUUUGAUGAUAUUAGACGCUGCUUCGACUGAAUUCAUGAUGACAGUAGACUGGAAUGAUAUUGCUCUUCUAUUUGCAAACAAUGUUCAGGAACAACAACUGAAGCCAAGAGAUGUCGCAAACCAUAUUUCGGCACGGAUGGUCGAUGUCAAAAUUGCUGCAUUAAUAGCAGAAAACCAGGAGCUGAAAAGAAUUGCCACCCUUGAACCCGGAGCACAAAAGAGAAACGCUGAGGAAGGAGAGACAUCAACUGACGUGAAAAAGGUCAAACAACAGUGAACGUUAUGACAACUUUAACAUCGUUAGUGAGAGAUGAGGAGUAUGACCACGGAUUAAGACGUAAUGUACAUGAUUAUAGUUGUAUUUUUCAUUCCAUCUAGUGGCCAUCAAGGUUGUUUGAGGUUUGAGAUGAUGGUGAUAAAUGGUUUAGACUGUUUUACACUGACAGCAUUGUAACUAAUAUUGGUACUAUAUUGGAUAUAGUGUGUAUUGACAUAAUUAGGUCAUAUUAUCAUAGGGCGUAUGAUCCUAUGAUCAAUUUAUCUAACGCUAUAUUUUUGCAUGUUGAAGGAGAUGUUUGGGAACCGGAGUAGUUACACUAGUUUGUAAAUAGUAUAAAUACAAUAAUUGGAUUCCAUCUGUAUUUACUAACUGGUGACAUCUUCACAACGAGCGUAUCUUCCUACGAUUCAAUGUGUCUUCCUUGUUUCUUUAAUGAUGUUACAUGCGAUAUUUUGGAAUCGUAAUGGUAACACCCGGUUUAAUCUUAAUUUGCAAAUGAAAAAAAUCAUUGAAUUUCUCAAAUUCGCUUAGCGCUCAUUUUUCAAGAACUAACAACAAGCUGUCCUACGUUCUUUGUAAAAAUGGUCGAAAUAUGAACAUUUGUAUGAGUAUUCCUUAGUAAAAUAUGUGAGUUUGAUGUCCUAUAAGUCUUAUAUCAGGUUUAAAUUUGUAAUAUAUGCAUAUGCUUUUUAGCUAUACACAUAAUCUUUGAAAUGUUUGUAAAGUUUUAAAAUACAGCCAUAUUAAUUAACUGAAUCCAAUUUGUAAAAGAGAUUUAGAAAAAACAAAUAUUUUAAACAAUAUCGUUUAAUAAUUUUAUAGCAUUAUCACCAAAUAUUAAGAACUUAUGUACAAAUGCUACUAACUAAUACGUUUCUUUAUAAAAUAGAAACAUAUUAUCUACCGCAUAUCUUUGGAUCAUACAACUGUUCAGUAUAAUUGAAAUGUAUAAUUUUCCAGAUAAUAUCGCAUUCAAAAAGAUAUAAUAAAUGGUAUAUUCUUCAUCUAAAUUUAACAUAUGGCGUUAUAUUUGGGUAUGUAAUAAGUAAAACAUGUUUUAUCUUUCAUCAUAAAGGUUAGCUUUUUUGUUUGUUAUUUAAUCAGAUUUUAAAUUAUAUGUUGUACCAUAUUUUUCGUUUAGUAUUAAGACAUUUUGUACGCUGGAUAUCAUCUGAAGACGCGCAUUAGUAUUUGGAAAUGACAUUAACACAUGUUUAUUAACUAAAUAUCUUGAACAAGAAAAGCAAGAUUACUUUAUCUGAUGUUCAGCUCGUGCAUUUACUUUUGUGCCAUGAAUGUUAAACUAGUGAACUUGGGUUUUUAAACUUAGUUUACACUAGAUAUCCUGGGAACACACACAUGCAUUAGCCUUUUGAAUAUGACAAAUGUUACAGAUUUAUUAUUUAAAUAUGUUAGAUUUGGCUUUUUAUAAACACACGUGGAUUUUUAACAGCCGCAACCUGAUAAAAUUACGUGGCCUUAACCAAAAAUAAGCAAAUUCCGGUUACCGGUAUCCGAGAAUACCUACUAAUGCAUAAUGUUAGCGGUAUUUUACUGAUGUAUAUAUCUUAGGUAGCAUGUAUGCAUGUUAUAGUACACUAUAUACUUUGUAUAACGAGUUCAACUGAAGUGUCUUAAAUUGAUUGUAGUAUUUACUUUUGACCUUCUUUAUUAAUAUGCUAAACACGACAUACUCGUAAUCUCUGAAUUAUUUUGCCCUUUUUAUGAAAUAAUGUAUUUACUACUUUCAUCUAAUAACCAACGCGUUUUGAUAUAUUUAAUGAAAUUUGUCUUUUUUUCAAUGUGCUUAACUAUUUUCUUUGAUCUAACACUCGAAAUUUUGAAACCGGAAUGGUUACACAAGGUUUAAUCUAACGUUGCAAAUGAUUUUUAUUGAAUAUCUUAAACUCACCUAGCACAACAGGUUGUCCAACGUUCUUUGUAGAGAUGCUCACAAUAUGAAUAUAAGCAUGUGUAUUUCUUAGAAAAAUGUGAGAAUGAUUUCCUAUAAUUAUUAUACAUAUGGUUUAAAUUUGUGGUAUAUGGAUAUAAUAUUUAACUGUACGAAGUCUUUAAAAUGAAUACAGACAAUAAAGUUUCAAAAUAUAAACAUGUUAAGAAACCUAAGCCUAUAUUGAAAACGAUCACUAGAAAAAUUAUUUAAAAUUUAAAACAAAAUGGUUUAUUAAUUUUAUAACUUUACCUUUUUUAUUCAAAAAUUAGAAACAUAUUAUCAUCUGCAUAAAUUUGGAUCAUAAACCUGUUCUGCAUAAUUCAAAAAAUAAUAUCACAAAUGAUAAAUUGUAUACUUUUGUUUAAAAUGAACAUAUGACGUUAAAUUCGGGUAUGUAAUAAGUUAAACAUUUUUACCUCUCAUUUAUUUUAAUAGUUAGCUUUUUUCCUGUGUUAUUUGAGCACAUUUUAAAUAAUAUGUUGUACCAUAUUUUCCGUUUAAGUGUUAAAUCAUUAUGUACGCUGGAUUUCAUCUUAAGAGACGCAUUAGUACUUUGCAGUUGACAUUAACACAUAUUUAUUAUCUUAAUAUCUUAAACAAUAAAAGCAAGAUUACUUUAUCUGGUGUGCAAGUCUUGUAUCUACUUUUGUGCCGUGAAUGUUCAGAAAAUGUUCAAUUUGUGUACUUAAGUGUUUAGACAAAGUUUACACUAGAUAUCUUCGGAAUACACACAAAAGUACUUUGAAUAUGACAUUUGUCACAUAUUUCAUCAUCUAAAUUCGUUGAGAUUUUGUUUUAAUAAACAGACGUGGUUGUUUGAUAGCCGGAAAUAAAUAAAUCACGUGGCCUUAACCGAGAAUAAGCAAAGUACGGUUACCGGUAUCCGAGGAUAACUACUAAUGAAAAUAUUUGAGAGAUUUUUACUGAAUGUAUGUAUUUUUUGUAGCAUGUAUACAUGUAAUAAUACACGAUAUACAUUGUUUAACGAUUUCAACUCCUGUCUAAAAUUGAUUGUAGUAUUUACUUGGUAAUUCUUUAUUAACAUUAAGAACAUUAUAUCCUUGUUAUCAGUACUUAAUAGCCAACGCGUUUUGAUAUGCUGAAUAGAAUUUGAUUUUUAAGAACAUUGUAUAUUGUGUAUUGAAGACAUUUUAUCUUCAAGUCCAAAUAAACACUUUAUGUCUUUGAAUGUGUGUAAUAUGAGUUUGCUUUAAUAAAUACUCCAGAUAUUUUGUUA